CAAUGCUAGUUGACUUUGCAAAAGCCAAGAACUGUAAGGGCAGAGUUUGAAUGAUAGGAGUUGAUCUGCUGCAGCGAUGCAAUGUGUAAAGUGAGUAUAAGUCAGUGUUUCUCGUAGCUAAAAUGUUGUUGAUCAUAAUUUCAACACAGAAUAAAAAUGUAGCCAUCGUUUUCCACUAAUGUUUCACCGCAGUACUUGGCCCAUUGUCAGACUGACGAGUGUUCGUGUGGCGCAGUUGUUUAUGCUACUCAUGUCUCUAGCGAUGCUGGAAUUAGUGAGCUGUGAAGAAGGUUCUGGUGGCAGUGGAUGCAGUGAUGCAGUAAAUCAAAUGUUGCCACUGUCUUCCCCUGACCCCAACUCGCAGCAGAUUUCUGGCCUCUUUUUGAGCUCAUUGGGACCGUGCGGUGGAGGUGGGUGUGUCAGUGGGUGGAGCUACUGCUACUAUAGUCCCUACGGAAACGAGGAGAGCUUGGUAACUGUCAUCUUCAGCCUCUGGCGGUGGAGUGAGGGUGGGACAUUGAAGGAAGUGAACGGCAGCAAGUUCUCAGUUGACAUGAAGACUCUGCCGGAGGGGCAGUGGCUUGUGUGUGAGGAUAGGGACUUGGGGGAGGGGUGUGGGGUGGAAAUGGAGGAGGAUGAUCUGGUGGGUGUGUUUAUCAAUCAGAACACCUCUCUCCACAUUCUGGGGGAGGUGGACGGAGGGAGAGUAAUGGUGGGGAGUGUGGAGAACGGGGAGAGAGGGAGCGUGAGCAACAUAUCCUUGGCCCUCAAACGAGACACAUCUCUUCUUGUCACUCCAACUUUCAACGAUCUCAGUUUCUGCAGUGAUGCAGCGCAGGAGGAGUGCAGUGGUGAUCCAACCUCUACACCCACGAGAGAUCCUCCAAGGGACGAAGAGGUCGCCAGUCCAGCUGAAGGAAUACCAGGUCUGGAGCUGCUGGUGGUCUCAGCUGGUCUCAGUCUCAUUGUCCUGGUCCUCCUCACACUCCUCUGCUUCUUCCUCUGUUUUCUACGAAGAAAGAGCAGGUCCAUGAAGAGAGGAACCAUAUCGACUGUAGUUUUGAACAGUCACAGGCAGCACAGUGACGUAGGAACAGAACAUGAUGUGGAGAUGCACAUCCUGGACACUGGAAGCUCCACCCACUCCACCAGUCUCAGCCCCACCCCCAACGGAACUGCCAGGGUGUGGCAAGUAGACCACAGGAAAACUCCGCCCCCCGUAAACCAAAACCCCGACACCUCUCCUCCAGGAAAACUCCCCAGCCGCAAGUCGGAGUUCAAACUCCACCCCUUCCUCCAGAGGGUUUGGUCACUCCCUCGGAACCCGCCCACCACGCCUCUUUGCUGAGGUCAUACUCAGAGGAAGCCAUACAGCCUCACGUAGGGCUUCCUCGCUCCCCUCGGUUCCAGCGAAGACUGUCAACUGGCUCAUUGCCGGCUCCCUAUCUCGAUGAAGAUGAUUACACCAUUCCCAGUUCCUUCUCCCGACGCAGUCACCUGAGACCGCAGCCCUACCUCCAGCCCAGGAUGACUCUCGAGUACUCGUACGCCUAUUCCCAUGUCCCGAGGACUGGGGUUGUGACUGGAAGAUCAUGUACUGUCCCUCGUACCAGAGCUGCCGUGGUUCCACCCAAUUGUU